GAGCGCAUAACGACGUAAUGACGACACGGUCUUAGAGGACGAAACGUCAGUGCCGUUGACAUUACGCGCAAAAAUUUGAAAAUGGUCAGGAAGUGAUCAGAGAAAGACAGAAAGCAGUUCGUACUGUGUCGCGGAGCCUCGCUUGUUUAUAUUUUAUUUGAUUGUUAAAAAAUAAAUGAAUAAAUUGAUUCCGACUCAUUAAGGAUAUUUAAAGUUAAUGUGUAAGAAAUGAUGAAAUUUAAGUAUGGUGUGCGGGGCAGUGCGGAUUCCCCCGAGUCCAUCACAAGCAGGAGCUCCCGUCUUAACCUCAUCUUCCAGGGAAAGAGUUCUUUGACCCCUCAGUCCCAGCAGCAGAAUGGCUGCAGCAUCACUCGGGAGGGGCUGCUGGACUCUCUCUUCGUGCUCUUCCACGAGUGCAACACUCCAGAAUUAAUGAAGAUCAAACACGUUGCCAGCUUUGUCAAGAAAUACUCGGAAACCAUUAGUGAGCUGCAAGCGUUGCAGCCCAACCCCAGUGACUUUGAAGUGAGAAGUGUUGUGGGGCGGGGCAGCUUUGCGGAGGUCCAAGUGGUCAGAGAAAGAGCUACCGGUGACAUUUAUGCAAUGAAAGUCAUGAAGAAGCAUUCCCUGCUGUCCAAGGACAAUGUGGCGUUUUAUGAAGAGGAACGCUGCAUCAUGGCUCGAAGCCUCAGCCCCUGGAUCCCACGUUUACAGCACGCAUUUCAGGAUAAAGACAACCUCUAUCUGGUCAUGGAGUACCUGCCUGGAGGAGAUCUUCUGGCAUUGCUGAACCGGUAUGAGGAGCAGUUUGAUGAGAGCAUGGCCCAGUUCUACCUGGCUGAGCUGGUGCUGGCCAUUCACAGUGUCCACCAGAUGGGUUAUGCACACAGAGAUAUAAAACCAGAGAAUGUGCUGAUUGACCGAACAGGACAUAUAAAGCUUGCUGAUUACGGCUCUGUAGCGAGACUCGGGGCCAAUAAAAUGGUGAGCUCCAAACUGCCUAUUGGCACUCCUGAUUUCAUGGCCCCGGAAGUUCUUACCUCGAUGAGCGGUGAUGGGAAAUCUUCCUACGGGGCUGAGUGCGACUGGUGGUCUCUGGGAGUCCUUGCCUAUGAAAUGAUCUACGGGAAGUCUCCCUUUGCAGAGGGAACAGCGACCAAAACUUUCAACAACAUCAUGAACUUCCAGAGAUUCCUCAAGUUUCCAGGGGAGCCGAAGGUCAGCAAGCACUUCCUCGACCUGGUGCAGAGUCUGCUGUGUGGCUCGGGAGACCGAUUGACUUACCAGGGAAUCUGCUGCCACCCCUUCUUCGCCAGUGUCGACUGGAGUAACAUCCACCAUUCUCUUCCUCCCUUUGUUCCGACACUCCGAGCAGAAGAUGACACCUCCAAUUUCGAUGAGCCCGAGAGCAGCUCCCAACCGGCAGCUCCCUUGCGCCAGUGUAAUCGGUCAGGCUUCCAGGGCGAGGAUCUGCCCUUUGUAGGGUUCUCGUUCAGCAAGGCGUUGACGACUCUCACCCGAUCAGAAUCCGUGGCAACAGGACUCGACUCUCCAGCCAAGACAAACUCCAUGGAAAAGAAGUUUCAUCUUAAAAGCAAAGAAUUGCAGGACACACAGGACAAAUGUCAUAAGAUGGAACAAGAAAUCUCCCGAUUCCAGCGCAAGAUGUCCGAGCUGGAGUCCGUGCUGAAAGACAAAGAUGUGGAGCUCCAGACUUCCGAGACGCAGCGCACCAUCCUGGAGCAGGACCUGGCGACGUACAUCACGGAGUGCAGCAGUCUCAAGCGAAGCCUGGAGCAGGCGCGGACAGAGGUGUCUCAGGAGGAUGAUAAAGCCCUGCAGCUGCUGCAUGAUAUCCGGGAGCAGAGUAACAAAUUACAGGAAAUUAAAGAGCAGGAGUACCAGGCCCAGCUGGAGGAGAUGCAGGUUGUGAUCAGGCAGUUGGAGGAGGACCUGUCUGCGGCUCGGAGACGCAGCGACCUCUACGAAGCGGAGCUCAAAGAGUCACGCCUGACAGCAGAGGAGCUCAAACGCAAAGCCUCCGAGUACCAACACAAGAUGCAGAAGGCUAAGGAGCAGGGCAAGGCUGAGGUGGAAGAGCUCUACUCAAAACUAGAAAAGACCAAUGCAGAACAGCAACUCAAAAUCCAGGAGCUACAGGAGAAACUUGCCAAGGCUGUGAAGGCCAGCACUGAGGCUACGGAGCUCCUGCAGAAUAUCCGACAGGCGAAGGAGCGUGUGGAGCAGGAGCUUGGGAGGCUGCAGAGCCGAGAGGACUCCAGCAACAGCCUGAAGAAGAAGCUGCGUGACACUGAGGAGGGUCGUAAAUCCCUGGAGAACCAGGUGAAGAGGCUGGAGAUGGUGGAACGCAGGGAGAAUAAACUGAAAGAAGACAUCCAGACCAAAUCCCAGCAGAUCCAACAGAUGGCGGAUAAGAUCCUGGAACUGGAGGACAAUCUCCGGGAAACCCAGGCAACAGCUCAGCGCAUGGAGGCUCACUUGGUGCAGAAGGAGAGGCUGUAUGAGGACAAGAUCAAGGUGCUGGAGGCUCAGAUGAAAGUGGACCUGGCUGAUAAAGAGACGCUGGAGAGCAAGCGAGCCAGGCAUGAGGAGGAGGCCAGGGAGAAGUGCAAACUCAUCAGUGAGCAGAAAGCGAUUAUAAAUGCAAUGGAUUCAAAGAUCAAGUCGCUGGAGCAGAGGAUUGCAGAACUCUCUGAAGCCAAUAAACUAGCAGCUAAUAGCAGCAUCUAUACACAGAGGAACAUGAAAGCACAGGAGGAGAUGAUCUCUGAGCUGAGGCAACAGAAGUUUUACUUGGAGACUCAGGCUGGUAAACUGGAGGCGCAGAACGAUAAACUGGAAGAACACCUUGAGAAAAUGAGCCAGCAUGAACAGAUGAACAAAAACCAUCUCCAGGAGCUUGAGACCAGACUCCGAGAGAUUGGCUUGGAACACGAGGAGCAGAAGCUGGAGAUUAAGAGGCAGGUUACUGAGCUGCAGCUGUCCCUGCAGGAGAGGGAGGCUCAGAUCAGCAGCCUGCAGGCAGCCCGCAACGCCCUGGAGAGCCAGCUGCAGCAGGCCAAGACUGAGCUGGAGGAGACGACAGCAGAGGCAGAGGAGGAGAUCACAGCACUCAGGGCACAUCGGAAUGAGAUCCAGCGCAAGUUUGACGCUCUCAGAGAAAGCUGCUCAGUCAUCACUGAUCUGGAGGAGCAGUUGAACCAGCUGAGCCAGGAGAACGCAGAUCUGAACAGGCAGAAUUUCUACCUGUCCAAGCAGCUGGACGAGGCAACGGACGAGAGCGAGGAGAGGCUGGCGCUCAGUCAGGAUGUGGACCGUCUCCGCAGGGAGGUGGCGGACAGGGAGAUGCACCUCAACAACCAGAAACAGAACAUCGAGACCCUGAAGACGACCUGCACCAUGCUGGAGGAGCAGGUGAUGGACCUGGAGUCUCUGAACGACGAGCUGCUGGAGAAGGAGCGGCAGUGGGAGGCGUGGAGAGGCACGCUGGAGGACGAGAAGUCCCAGGCCGAGAGGAGGACCAGGGAGAUGCAGCGGCUGCUGGAUAACGAGAAGCAGAUCAGGCUCCGUGCUGACCAGCGCAGUACCGAGUCCCGCCAGGCGGUGGAGCUGGCUGUCAAAGAACACAAGGCUGAGACCAUGGCCCUGCAGCAGGCUCUCAAAGAGCAGAAGCUCAAGGCAGAAAGCCUCUCUGACACGCUGAACGAUCUGGAGAAAAAGCACGCCAUGCUGGAGAUGAACGCUCGCAGCCUGCAGCAGAAGCUGGAGACGGAGAGGGAACUGAAACAGAGGCUCAUGGAUGAGCAAUCGAAGCUUCAGCAGCAGAUGGACAUACAGAAGACGCACAUUUUCCGGCUGACCCAGGGGCUCCAGGAUGCUCUUGACCAGACUGACCUCCUGAAGAACGAGCGCAGUGACCUGGAGUACCAGCUGGAGAACAUUCAGGCGGUGUACACCCACGACAAAGUCAAACUGGAAGGGACUAUAUCUCAGCAGACAAAACUAAUUGAUUUCCUGCAGGCAAAGAUGGACCAGCCAAGCAAGAAGAAAAAGGGAAUCUUUGGCCGUCGCCGGGAGGAGCUGGGGAUGCCCUCACAGAACAACGAGCUGAAGCUGGCCCUGGAGAAGGAGAGAGCUCGCUGCUCGGAGCUGGAGGAGGCACUGCAGAAAACACGCAUUGAGCUGCGCUCUGUGAGAGAGGAAGCAGCCCAUGCCAAAGCCGUGGACCACGUGGCCCCCUCAACCCCAGCCACAGCCAGGCAGCAGAUCAUCAUGUCUGCCAUCGUCAAGUCCCCGGAGCACCAGCCCAAUCCCGUCAGCCUGCUGGCCCCGCCUUCCAGUCACCGGAAGGAGUCCUCCACACCGGAGGAGAGAAGGAGGGUCACGUUUGAAAAGUUCGGACGGCGGCUGAAGGAGAGAAUGCACCAUAACAUCCCUCAUCGCUUCAAUCUGGGGCUGAACAUGCGGGCGACAAAGUGCGCUGUCUGCCUCGAUACUGUCCACUUCGGACGCCAGGCUGCUACAUGUGUAGAGUGCAAUGCCAUGUGCCAUCCCAAAUGUGCACCCUGCCUGCCAGCCACCUGCGGUCUGCCUGCUGAAUACGCCUCCCACUUCACUGAAGCUUUCUGCCGGGACAAAAUGAACUCCCCGGGGCUGCAGCUGAAGGACCCAGCCAGUCAUGUGAGGCUGGAGGGCUGGAUGAAGCUGCCGCGGAAUGGGAAGCGUGGACAGCUGGACUGGGACAGGAAGUAUGUCAUACUGGAGGGAACCAAAGUGAUGAUCUACGACAGUGAGCCCAGGGAGGAGGGGCUGAGGCCAGUGGAAGAGUUUGAGCUGUGCCUUCCGGAUGGGGAUGUGACUGUGCAUGGAGCUGUGGGAGCAUCUGAGCUGCCAAACACUGCCAAGACAGAUAUUCCCUACAUCCUGAAGCUGGAGUCCCAUCCCCACACCACGUGCUGGCCCGGGCGCUCCCUGUAUUUCCUGGCUCCCAGCUUCCCGGACAAACAGCGCUGGGUAGCUGUGUUGGAGUCCAUGGUGUCCGGAGGUCGCACCAAGCGGGAGAAGGCUGAAGCUGAUGCUGCUGAUGUUUUCCAAAGAGAGAUGCCUCUUUCCCCAUUGGUCCAGAAGCUGCUUGGAAACUCUCUGCUGAAACUGGAGGGGGAUGACCGUCUGGAUAUUAACUGCACCGUUCCUCUGACCGACCAGCUCGUGCUGGUGGGCUCGGAGGAAGGGCUGUACGCCCUGAAUGUUAUAAAGAACUCCCUGACUCACAUCCCAGGCCUGGGCUCCGUGUUCCAGAUCCACAUCCUGAAAGAGCUGGAGAAGCUCAUCAUGAUCGUGGGAGACGAGCGGACGCUCUGUCUGAUCGACAUUAAGAAAGUGAAGCAGUCCCUGUCGCAGUCACACUUCCCUGCUCAGCCCCAACUCUCCCCCUCUGCCUUUGAAACAGUCAAAGGCUGUCACCUCUUUGCUGCUGGCAAGGUUGAGAACGGACCCUGUAUCUGUGCCGCAAUGCCAAAUAAAGUGACCAUCCUGCGCUACAAUGAGGGGCUCGGCAAGUUCUGCAUCAGGAAGGAGAUAGAAACGUCCGAGCCGUGCAGCUGUAUCCUUUUCACUGGUUACAGCAUCAUCCUGGGAACCAACAAGUUCUAUGAGAUGGAGAUGAAACAGUACCUGCUGGAAGAAUUCCUGGAUAAGAAUGACCCGAGUCUGGCUUCAGCCAUCUUUGCAGCCUCCUCUCACAGCUUCCCCAUCGCCAUCAUGCAAGUGAACUGCAUUGGCCAGAAGGAGGAAUUUCUGCUCUGUUUCCAUGAGUUCGGAGUGUUUGUGGAUUCGUACGGCAGAAGAAGCCGCACUGAUGACAUCAAGUGGAGUCGCCUGCCUUUAGCAUUUGCCUACAGGGACCCGUAUCUGUUUGUGACUCAUUUCAAUUCUCUGGAAGUGAUUGAGAUUCAGGGCCGCACUGCUUUAGGUACCCCUGCCCACGCUCACUUGGAGAUCCCUAACCCGCGGUACCUGGGACCCGCCAUCUCGGGAGGAGCCAUCUACCUGGCCUCGUCCUAUCAGAACAAGCUGAGGGUCAUCUGCUGCAAGGGGAACCUGGUGAAGGAGAGCUCGGCCGAGCAGCAGAGAGGCGGGGCGUCCAGCCGCAGCAGUCCAAACAAAAGAGGACCUCCGUCGUACAACGAGCACAUAUCCAAGAGGCUGGCGUCCGAUCCAGCACAGGAAUGCCGCCCCCGGGAGCCCAGCACCCCGCACAGGUACCGGGAGGGACGCACGGAAUUCCGCAGGGACAAAUCCCCGGCACGGCCCUUGGACAGGGAGAAGUCCCCCGGCAGGAUACUGGACAGUCGCAGGGAGAGGUCUCCUGGCAGGAUGUUCGACGACAGGGGGAGACUCCAGACCGGCUCUGUAAGGACCCCUCUGACUCCAGUCAACAAGGUGUGGGAUCAGUCUUCAGUGUGAGCGCACUGCCCACCGCAGACCGCUUCUGUUUGUCCCAAACACCCCCUCACUAAAAGGAGGAAGCUCUGAUUCUCCCCGGCCCAUCUCAGAGCUGCAAGACCACGCUAAUUACUGCACUUCAUACGCUUGAGGGUGCAGCAAAUAUAUUCCAUGUGUAUCGCUUGGGGAAACUGGCUAUUCGGAGCACAGGACUCUUUUUUUUUUUUUUUUUUUUUUUUUUUUUAUUUUCAGCUCACCAUACAGUUCCACGUAACAUACACAACACAGAAAACUGUAUUUUGUUGCAAUCCGUUCUAAACGACUUCACUUGUCAGCACAUGGCGACCCAGGAAUCACACUAAGCAAGUUCAAGCAACACAAAGUGCUGUGUCCUAAGAAUUCAUUAGUUUACAUGUGUUUCCAGCCAAUGAAGGGGGAAGUAUUUGAUGCACCCUUUUAUAUUAGUACUUGAUCUACGAUACUGUAAAUAGUUGUUACACUUUUAUAGUCACAAAGGGAAUACUGCGCUGGUACAGCCAAGUCUAUUUUUUAUUAUAGAUUGUUUCUAAUGUACUUGUCUUGUAAUGGUUUCCUGUUUAAAGAAAUCUACUAAACUAUUAUUUAUAGCUUUCUCACCCUGUUGUGGUGGAUUUUCUAUUGAUCUGCACACCUGUAGGUUUUUUUGUAUGUUAAGAGACUGAUCUUGUACUGGUGAAUUCUACAUCAUCAGGCCCUUGAAUUAAAAAAGCUACCAGGUUCUGUGUCAUGAAAUGAAGAAAGCUUUUUUUUUAUAUUAUAAUAAUAAUAUUAAUAAUAAUAAUAAAGCUUUUGAGAGCAUAGAGAAGAUGAACUGUGUAUAGCAAUUUUGGUUUUAUAAUCUAUACUGCAGGUGACUAUCUUUUUUGUUUUAAUUGGCAAUGUGUUUAAACAAGUUUAGGAAAUCGUUUUAAAUUCUAAGUGUGACCUACUUCUGAGUUUCCUAAAUGCCCUUUUGGUGGCUUGGCAGACUAAUGGGUUGAAGUAAAUGAUCAUUUUUGCUUGGUGCAUUGCUUCUAUUCAGAUGUCUCUCUCGGUCAUUUGUAUGUAAACUGUUGCUGCUGCAGCUGCUGUAAAUGCUUUCUGAAAAAUACAUUUCAGAUACUUCGGGCUGUCAGAACACAAGUCAAGUCUAAAAAGCACUAUUGAGCAUGCAUUACCUAUAUUAAGUGCACACGGAAUUAUACACCUUUUUGUUCAAUAUUCCAUUUCUAUUUUUGUGUUCAUACUUUCACUAUUUCUGCUUCUGUUGUAUUCACUUGUAGAUGUGUAUUUUGAAUUGGUACAUUUUUAUGUAUAAAAGAAUGGCAUUGAACAGGAGCAUUAUCUUUCUGUAUAGAUUUUUUUUAAUGUAACAACAUAAAACAACUAAAAUGAA